AUGAAAAAGGCAAAUUUCAACUCAAAUGACUUUAUCAAUCUUCUCGAUCAAGCCUCUACUUCAUUUGAUGCUCGCAAAUUAUAUGAAUAUACUCGAAAAACAAAUGUUCACAUCGAUAAUUCACAAGAAGUAACUUCAAUUCUUCAAUCACUCAAAAAACAUAUGAAACUAAAGUUAUUAGAUAGCCUAAUAGAUUUUCUAAAUCAUGAAAACAAUAAUGAAUCUAUUAUGGCAAAAGAAAUCAAAAAUCAUGAAAGAUUAAUUGAAAAACUGCAAUUAAAGUUAAAUAACGCUCAAAAUAAAAAAGAAAUACGUAAAAAUGAAAUCAAAUUACUGAAAUCUCAAUUAAAAGAAAAAGACGCAUUGAUUAAUCAAUUAAAGCAAGCUCAUCAGCAACCAUCAAUGAAUAGAACAACGAUAAACAAUAAUAAUUCACCAAAUCUUGAACAAUUUAUUAGAAAUGGAAAUUUUCAAGCAAAUUCAAAUUCAAGAUCAUCCGACAGAAUACCACCACCUCCACCACCCCCACCGCCACCUCCUUUUGCUAGACAAGGAAAUGCUCAAACAAAUUCAAAUUCAAGAUCACCAUUUAUUCCAUUUUCAUUUCGUAUAAUAUCGCCAGCUCCACCGCCUCCGCCACCACCCCCACCGCCACCUCCUUUUGCUAGACAAGGAAACGCUCAAACAAAUUCAAAUUCAAGAUCAUCAUUUAAUCCAUUUUCAUCCUACAGAAUACCACCACCUCCACCACCCCCACCACCACCUCCUUUUGCUAGACAAGGAAACGCUCAAGCAAAUUCAAAUUCAAGAUCAUCCGACAGAAUACCACCACCUCCACCGCCACCUCCACCACCCCCACCGCCACUUCCUUUUGCUAGACAAGGAAACGCUCAAACAAAUUCAAAUUCAAGAUUAUCAUUUAAUCCAUUUUCAUCCUACAGAAUACCACCACCUCCACCACCCCCACCGCCACCUCCUUUUGCUAGACAAGGAAACGCUCAAACAAAUUCAAAUUCAAGAUCACCAUUUAUUCCAUUUUCAUUUCGUAGAAUAUCGCCAGCUCCACCGCCACCUCCACCACCCCCACCGCCACCUCCUUUUGCUAGACAAGGAAACGCUCAAACAAAUUCAAAUUCAAGAUCAUCAUUUAAUCCAUUUUCAUCCUACAGAAUACCACCACCUCCACCGCCUCCUUUUUCUAUACAUUAA